AUGGAGGCAGCCGUCGGCGCGCCCGACGGCGGGGACCAGGGCGGCGUGGGGCCGCUCGAGGAUGCGACGCCCAUGGACGUCUAUCUGCACAAACUGGGCUUGUAUCGGAAACUGGUCGCCAAGGACGGGUCGUGCUUGUUCCGGGCGGUGGCCGAGCAGGUGUUGCACUCUCAGUCUCGGCAUGUGGAAGUUAGGAUGGCCUGUAUUCGCUACCUUCGAGAGAACAGAGAGAAAUUUGAAGAGUUUAUAGAAGGGCCAUUUGAAGAAUAUUUAAAACGUUUGGAAAAUCCACAGGAAUGGGUAGGACAAGUGGAAAUAAGUGCCCUUUCUCUUAUGUACAGGAAAGAUUUUGUAAUAUACCAGGAGCCAAAUGUUUCUCCUUCACAAGUAACUGAAAAUAAUUUUCCUGAGAAGGUGUUACUGUGUUUUUCGAAUGGAAAUCACUAUGAUAUUGUCUAUCCUAUAACUUAUAAAGAUACUUCUGCUGUGUGUCAGUCUCUCCUUUAUGAAUUGCUGUAUGAGAAGGUAUUUAAAGCCGAUGUUAGUAAAAUCAUGAUGGGCCUCGAAACCUCUGAAGUGGCCGAAAGCAACAGUGACAUAUCAGAUUCUGAGGACGACAGCUGCAAGGGUAAAAGUCCUGCUGCCACUGAUGUGAAUGGAUUUAAACCCUCGGGCAGUGAGAACCCAAAGAACAGUGGGAGCUCAGCUGGCCUUCCUUUGUCCAGGAAGGUUCUGAAGUCGCUUAACCCAGCAGUCUAUAGAAAUGUGGAGUAUGAAAUCUGGCUGAAGUCUAAACAAGCACAACAAAAACGAGAUUAUUCCAUUGCUGCUGGUUUACAGUAUGAAGUUGGAGAUAAAUCCCACGUUAGAUUAGAUCAUAAUGGAAAAUUUUCUAAUAUGGACAGUCAUGGGGUUCACUCUGAGAACGGACCAGUUUUGUCUGAAGAGCUGGGAAAAAAACAUACACCUAAGAACCUCAAGCCACCUACCCCAGAAAGCUGGAACACGGUAUCAGGAAAGAAGAUGAAAAAACCUAAUUCUGGACAGAAUUUCCAUUCAGAUAGUGAUUACAGAGGGCCAAAGAAUCUAAGCAAGCCAAUGAAGGCCCCGUCUGCACUACCUCCUCGACUGCAGCAUCCCUCAGGUGCAAGGCAGCAUGGGUUCUCUACUCAUUCUUCAGGGUCCCAGUCUCAGAAACCCUCCAGCGAGCACAAGGCUCUUAGCAGGACACCCUCACAGAUCAGAAAACCUGAUCGUGAAAGACCUGAGGAAUUUGAUCACAUGAGUCGUGAAUCUUACUAUUUUGGCCUCUCCCCAGAAGAGCGCAGAGAGAAGCAAGCUGUUGAAGAGUCUCGGUUACUGUAUGAGAUUCAGAACCGGGAUGAACAAGCUUUUCCAGCCCUUUCUAGCUCAUCAGUCAGUCAGUCACCCUCUCAGAAUAGCAACUCGUGUGUCCAGAGGAAGAAUUCACAUGCAAGGGAUAGGAAAGGAAGCAUUCGGAGAGCAGACGCAGAAGAGCGGAAGGACAAAGACUCCCUACGUGGCCAUACUCACGUGGAUAAAAAACCCGAGCCAAGCACACUGGAGAUUAGUGAUGAUAAAUGUGCAAGAGUUUCCUCACCGUCCAAGUCAAAGAAAGUAGAGUGCGCAUCUCCAGUAGAACAAAAGCCAGCAGAACAUAUGUCUUUGUCGAAUCCAGCUCCCCUUCUAGUCUCUCCAGAAGUCCAUCUCACUCCUGCGGUGCCUUCUCUACCAGCCACUGUGCCAGCCUGGCCAAGUGAACCUACAACUUUUGGACCAACAGGUGUCCCUGCUCAGAUUCCCAUGUUGUCAGUGACACAGAGCACUGGACCUGAAGCUGCCGUGUCACAAGCGCAUUUAACACCCUCUCCAGUUCCUGUGUCAAUUCCGGCAGUUAACCAGCCCUUGAUGCCUUUGCCUCCGACGAUGAGCCUUUAUCAAGACCCACUCUAUCCUGGGUUUCCUUGUAGUGAGAAGGGAGAGCGAGCCAUUGCACCACCUUAUUCACUGUGUCAGACUGGAGAGGACCUACCUAAAGAUAAGAACAUUCUUCGAUUCUUCUUCAAUCUUGGUGUAAAGGCAUAUAGCUGUCCUAUGUGGGCCCCACAUUCUUACCUGUAUCCUCUGCACCAGGCCUACGUGGCAGCCUGCAGGAUGUACCCAAAGGUCCCUGUUCCUGUGUAUCCUCAGAAUGCUUGGUUCCAAGAAGCCCCUCCUGCUCAGAGUGAAAGUGACUGUCCUUGUCCUGAUGCCCACUACUCUAUGCACCCUGAAGCCACUGUUAAUGGUCAGAUGCCACAGGCCGAGAUUGGACCUCCUGCAUUUUCUUCUCCUCUGGUUAUCCCUCCAUCUCAGGUGUCUGAAGGUCAUGGACAGUUGUCUUACCAGCCUGAGCUGGAGUCCGAGAACCCCGGGCCGCUUCUUCACGCGGAAUAUGAAGAGCCACUGAGUGGCAAGAACGUGUACCCACAACAGUCCUUUGGGCCUAACCCAUUCUUAGGUCCUGUCCCCAUCGCACCUCCUUUCUUUCCUCAUGUUUGGUAUGGGUAUCCUUUUCAGGGAUUUGUAGAAAAUCCUGUGAUGAGGCAAAAUAUUGUCCUGCCCUCUGAUGAUAAAGGAGAAUUGGAUUUGCCCUUGGAAAAUCUUGAUCUGUCUAAAGAGUGCGAUUCUGUCUCAGCAGUAGAUGAGUUUCCAGAAGCCAGAGUUGAAGGUGCACAUUCUCUCUCUGAAGGCAGUGUGAGCAGCAAGCAUGAAGGCCGUGUGGAGCAGUCAUCCCAGACGCAGAAGGCAGAUAUCGCUUUGCCUUCAGGCUCACCUGGAGUGGAAGGAAAGGCUCACCCUCCCACUCAAAUUCUAAACAGAGAGCGAGAAACUGUGUCUGCUGAACUUGAGCCUAAGAGGACCAGUCAGAGUCUGAAAGAAAAGCCUGAGAGAGUGAAAGAUCCCAAGACUGCUGCUGAUGUGCUCAGCUCCGGGGCCAACUCUGCGGAUAGACUGCAGAGAGCAAAAGAAGAAAGUUCAGAAGAUGAGAAGGAAGUAUCUAAUAUUCUGAGAAGUGGCAGAUCCAAGCAGUUUUAUAAUCAAACUUACGGAAGUAGGAAGUACAAAAGUGAUUGGGGCUCUUCCGGUAGAGGUGGCUAUCAACAUGUGAGAGGCGAGGAGUCCUGGAAAGGGCAGCCUACCAGAAGCCGGGAUGAAGGUUAUCAGUACCAUCGCAAUGCUAGAGGACGCCCAUAUAGGGGAGAUAGGAGGAGGUCAGGCAUGGGAGAUGGCCACAGGGGACAGCACACUUAAUGCUUAGUUGUAGCUCAUACUGUAGAGCGGAAGCCUUUCCUUAGGUGGAGUAUUUCUGAAGGCUUUAAACCAUUACAAUAAAAGCCCAAAUUGGAACUAUUUCCUCUCUCCCCUUUACCCUUAAUUCCUAUUUUGGUGAGACUUUGGACAUGAGCUCAAGGGGCAGAUGAAUUUUUGACAUUGUGGUUUUUCUUACUGAGAAUCUGUUUAUUAGGUUACUGCCCCCAUAAAAAUUAAACAUGACUCUUAAGUAUUUUUUUAUAAACAGCUCAAUAUAAAACAUAGACAUAGUGUUUUUUCUCCCUUGUGUAAGUUUGAUUUAAAAUAUUGGAAAUGUGUGCUUUUUAGUGUUUAUUAACGUGACAAGAAAAUAAAGCAUUCAACACACUAUAGAGUCCAAAACAUAACAUUGCACCAAAUAGAAAUGUAUAUUUUAUUAAGCAAUGCCUUAGUCAUAAACUGGGCUCAAACAAUCCUCAGCCUAAAACACUGUUGUCUUUUAAUAUGCUUCCAACCCAAAGGCCUUUCAUCUCAGUAUCUGUCAAACUUGAAUAACGUCUUCUCUUUACUAUUACACACAAGGCAGCCUAUUAACCUGUGUCUUAGAAUCAUUGUAUAUAGUUCUUUUAAUAUCCAUAGGGUAUAUUUUUGAAUUUUGGUGAGUAUUUGUUGAACUUGAGAUUGCAUACAAUAGAUGUUUAAGGAACAGUAGGAAGUCCGGGGAGCCGGCUGUUUCCAUCAAGAACUAGCACUGCUGGACAUGUCAUGGUGCCUACUCGAGAGGAGUGUAGAUGCUAUGCAUUUUGAAAAUAAUCUGCAUCUGUUAAAACUGCACAAGUUUUUUUAAUGCCACUUUAACACUAAUGCACUGACAGAUUCUAAAUAUUUUGUGAGAAAUGUUAAACUUUUUAACUGAUAGGCUUCUCUGUAAACGUUCUGCUUCCUCCCCGCACCAAUGGGUGUGCUGAUCACUUUACAGUUGCAUGUUAACUCGUCAUAGCUGGAAUUACUGUAUAAGAAGAACACGAUUGUGACUUCUAGUUCUUCGCUAGAGGAUGCUGCUAGAAAGUGGUUUUGCUUCGCAUUUUGUAGCUGUUCCCAUCAGUGCCGUGUCUGCUCCUGCCCCUUCCAGUCCGCAGCAUUCCCUAGCGCUCACUUGCAUGGUGCACUGUUCUCACUUGGAGAUUGGACUCAGAAGAGUUAGCACAGUAUUCACCCAUCCGUGUUACUUUGUAAACUAACUGUGCUUUGUAUUUCUUACUUGUACAUAUCAAUGUGAAAAAUCUACUUUUUUUUUUUUUAAUGUUGCAAUUACCUUGUAAUCAGGCAGCUUGAGUGCUAUGCAAAUAGUAUGGUGGUGGUUUUCUUUGCAUGUUGUGUGUAAUAUACCUAACCAGAAAUAAAUGUGGCUUUUGUUUUGGGGGCAGAUUACUUUUAAAAGCAAAUAACAAUUCACUUGAAUUUGACAGACUGAAGCAGACAUGUUUUUCUGGGUCCUCUGAUAACUUGUGGGAACGUUUGGCUGUCAGCUAGGCUCAGUGACGCUCCACUGUACUGUAAUGGUGUUUACCUCUGUGCUGUUUUAAUUACCCUCAUGUCUGUGUAACUGCUGAUUUGAGUACUGAUAAGCAUUUAAAAAUUUUGUAAUGUAGGGCUUUAGAGAGCACUUUGAAAGAUAACAUUUUUAUUAUGAUGGUGCUAGGUAAGAAAAUUUUUUAGCCUGGGAUGUGUAGAAAAAAUUGAGAAUCUGUUGAAAGGAAUUUGUUGUCUGCUUCUAAGCUAGAAUGGUUGUAAAGUUUCUGCUUUGCCAGUGUGUCAAUAUUAGUGGCUGAAUUAUGGAUUAG